AAAGAUUAUGAAUAUAAUCUUAAACGCAAAAUGCGUGAAAAUAAACUAGAUUUCAGUGGCACAGGCGGAGGAUCGAACAAACAAAAAACAUUUUCCGACAACGAGAAAGCCACAAUGGCCAUUCUCGAAUUGAAUGAAGCUGUGUCCGGUAAUUCUUUGGCAAGGGACUUUGGCGGGCCAUCCCGCAAGCCAUCUGAGCCAAAAGAUGCCAUUACCGAAGAAAUUGACGCGGUGGAAGCAGUAAUUGAAGAAAUUUUUGCGGAAGACGCAAAUCUGGAUGACGAUUCCCCAGCGUUUCAUCCAAUUGCAGAGGAUGAAGCACCCCCUCUUCCAAAAAAGGGAGACACAAAACUAAACAAUUCCCAGACAAUUCAUCAAAAUACAGAAGAAUAUGCACCACCCCUUAAAAAAAAGAAAAAUACUCGGAACGCUAUGUUAGAACAGCAUGUUAACAUGCAAGGCGAUGUGGUCGGUAUUCUUAAGGAAAAGCUAGCCUCAAUGGAGAACACCCAAAUUGCAAUACUCAAAGAGCUUCAAACAACCAAUAAGUGGCAUAAAGAAGCUGAUAGAUGGAGGAGAAAGGCAUAUGAGCUUAAAAAAGAAAAAUUUGAUGAAAUGAAAAAAAACAACAUCAGGAAAAAUAAGCAAUACAUAUGUAGAGCUUCUUUCCCUUAAAAAAAAAAACAAAAUAGACCUAGAAUUAAUGAAAUUCAAUAGUUCAGAAGAAUAUGCUCCUACUGAAAUUGAAAAAGAAAAUGUGAAGACGACUGUUCCAAGAAGAGAGUCUUCCUCUUUUACUUCUUCCAGCACCUCUAGUGAUUAGAUGUAUAUGUACAUCUUUAUUUGUAUUCCAAGUUCCUCGGUGCCAAAAACCAAAACGAAACUAAAGACUAAAUACCUACUGAAAUAGUACAGGAAAGAUAGACUUUUUCGUGGAACGAAAUAUAGGACGGUUGAAUUUUUAAAAUCUGAAAGAGGGGUAUUAGAAAAGCUUAAGUCCUGGUUUUCGGGACGCCAACCCCCUGGUGAAAUCCACCAUUUUGGAAAACGCGAAUCGCUCUAUAUCUCCAAAAAUAUUUGUCCUAGAGAAAUGCUUAUCAGGCCAAAGUUCUUGGAAAUUUAAUUAUCUUUUUCUUUGUGAUGCAUUAUUUUUCUGAGCGGGCGAUAAUUUUGAGGUUAUGUUGUUUUCUUCUUCUUCUUCUUCCUUUUUCUCGGCGCUGUUAUGAUCUCGAUGUCGAGGGGAUCAUAACUAUCCCACGUUACUGCUUCACACUAGUGAUCCGCUUGUGGGGUUCGCCGGGUUGACCUCAGAAAUCGGCGGCAAGCCUCCCGGUUUUGUAUUGUUCCAUUUCUAAGGCCAACUGAAUGCUGGUGUUUUUGCAUUUGCUUGUACCAGGAGUUUUUAGGCCUACCUUUCUUUUUAUUUCGUCUUGGAACGUUGUAUGAUAUUGCUUUUUUGACGGGGUUCUCAGGAUCUCUCCUUUGAACAUGGCAAUACCAACUGAGUCGGUCGUGUUCAAUUUUUUUUUUUUUUUUUUCAAUUUU